UGAUGGAAAACUGGUGGUGAAGUAAAAACUUAACAUCUUGUGGUGGUAUUCUUGCAUGGUUCUUUGCAUGGUACAGGCCUUCAAGGAUUCCUCAGUGUGUUAGGGUAGGACUGCACUAAUGCAUCCUAACAACUACUGCAUAAACAGUAAACAGCCUUGAUGUUUAUGCCAGUUUCAUCCCAGUACUUGGAUCCUCUUCCCCUUUCUAGGUGAGACAAUUGUCUUGCAUUUACCCCUCACUUUUGAAAUAAAGGAAUUUAGGUCAUUUGGAGACUUAAGGCUAUUCCAGAUUGCUCAGUGAAACAGUUGCCCAAAAUAAAGGUAUCUGGGAAAGAAGAGACUAAGUAUGGGGAGGAAGAUGCUACAGUUAUCAAAGCCCUUCAGGGAGACCAAAAGCUGCUGCUGUCAAAUAUAAUAAAUUCUUCUUCAGAGGAGGUGGCUUUUAAAGUGAAAAGGAUAGUCCUAUUCUAGGCUUAUUACAAGUUUAAUUUCCUAGAGAAAAAAAUAUAAAGCAGUUGCUAUUACCUUACAACAUGCUUGUCUAGGGAAGAUGCUCGUUGUUAAGGAUUUUUGCAUCAUGUGAGAAGAAGAGAGAGGACAGCAGUAAGGGGAAGUGAGGGAAGAGUGUUUUUUGAGCUGUCACUUCAACCCGAGGCACCCUCCUCCCCUUCCCCCUGUGUACCUCAAUUUCAAUCUUAAUAUUCCUAUUGCAAUUGCAGAAAGUGUGUGCUGUCCUGUAGGGAAGUAGGAGAAGGUUAAAGGUUUUUGCGGUUAGAUCCGGUGGAGCUACAGGAGUUGUUGUUAAAGGUUUGGAGGAUAGAAAUCCUAUUUCUUUCAGGAUGGAAGACAAAGGAGAAGUGAAGUGCAUCAAAUUUUCCUUGGGGAACAAGAUACUGGCUGUGCAGAGAACUUUGAAGAGUGUGGAUUUUUUGAAUUUUAUUCCAGAUAGCCCUCAGCUAGAGUAUACACAGGAAUGUAAGACAAAGAACGCCAAUAUUCUAGGAUUCUGCUGGACAAGCUCAACAGAAAUUGUCUUCAUCACAGACCAAGGAAUUGAAUUCUACCAGGUAUUACCAGAGAAACGAAGUUUAAAACUUCUGAAGAAUCAGAGUAUUAAUGUCAACUGGUACAUGUAUUGUCCAGAGAGCUCUGUUAUUCUUCUUUCAACCACUGUCCUUGGCAACGUCCUGCAGCCAUUCUAUUUCAAGAGUGGAACGAUGUCAAAACUAUCGAAAUUUGAAAUUGAGUUACCUGCAGCACCCAAGUCAUCCAAGCUCAGCCUUUCUGAAAGAGAUAUUGCUAUGGCUACAAUAUAUGGACAGCUUUAUGUUCUCUAUUUGAGGCAUCACUCAAGGACUUCCAAUAGUACAGGAGCAGAAGUAGUCCUCUAUCACUUACCCAGAGAGGGCUCCUGUAAGAAGACACACGUUUUAAAGCUGAACAGAACUGGGAAGUUUGCGCUGAAUGUUGUGGAUAACUUGGUGGUAGUCCAUCAUCAGGAUACUGAGACUUCAGUUAUAUUUGACAUCAAGCUAAAAGGAGAAUUUGAUGGGUCUACUACCAUCCAUCAAUUUGUACUUCCACCUCGAUCAAUACAACCCUACCAAAUACCUGUAGCAGGUCCAGCCUCUGUGACUAGUCAGUCUCCUGUUCCAUGUAAACUCUAUUCUUCUUCUUGGAUUGUCUUUCAACCUGAUAUUAUCAUCAGUGCAAGUGAAGGUUACCUCUGGAGUCUUCAGGUGAAACUUGAACCUGUAGUUAACCUCUUGCUAGAUAAAGGAAAACUAAUGGAUUUCCUUCUCCAAAGGAAAGAAUGCAAAAUGGUUAUCCUAUCUGUAUGCUCUCAAAUGCUCAGUGAGCCAGAAAGGGGAUCACUGUCUGUGAUUGCAACUGUUUUUGACAAACUGAAUCAUGAAUAUAAGAAGUACUUGGAAGCUGAGCAAAGCUAUACUAUGGUGGUGGAAGCAGGCCUGAGUAGAAGUAAUCCACUCCUGAAACGUCCAGUUCGCACUCAAGCAGUUAUUGACCAGUCUGACAUGUACACACACGUUUUAUCUGUAUUUACAGAGAAGAAGGAAGCACCUCAUAAGUUCACUAUAGCAGUCCUGAUGGAAUACAUUCGCUCUCUUAACCAGUUCCAGAUUGCAGUUCAGCACUACUUAUAUGAGCUGGUCAUCAAAACCCUUGUUCAACACAACUUGUUCUACAUGCUCCAUCAGUUUCUGCAGUACCAUGUGCUCAGUGACUCAAAGCCUUUGGCUUGUCUGUUACUGUCCCUGGAAAGCAUUUACCCUCCUGCACACCAGCUCUCUCUGGACAUGUUAAAAAGACUUUCCACAGCAAAUGAUGAAAUAGUGGAAGUUCUGUUGUCCAAACACCAAGUUUUGGCUGCCUUGAGAUUCAUCAGGGGCAUUGGAGGACACGACAGCAUUUCAGCCCGCAAAUUCCUUGAUGCAGCAAAACAAGCAGAAGAUGACAUGCUUUUCUACACUAUAUUCAGAUUCUUUGAACAAAGAAAUCAGCGGUUACGAGGAAACCCUAGUUUUACACCAGGUGAGCACUGUGAAGAACAUGUCACCUUCUUCAAACAAGUUUUUGGAGAACAAGCUCUCAUGAAGCCCACAACACUCUGAAAGACUCUUCCACUGAAAUGUAUAAACUUAAUUUAUUGCAUUUAAGUAGAUUUUUGAACUACAAAAUUGCUAUUUUAUAAUAAAGUAUAUACAAGACAUUUUGGCAAAUAGUA